AUGGAAGAAAAACGUUGUUUCCCGACUGCCCCCCACAGUAUUGAGGCUGUGAGGAAAAUGAAAGAGAGCCAGCUUCUGAGAGAGAAGAUGGAAGGAAAUGUAAAUGAAAGAGACAAAGUGAGACGAAGGGAAGACACGAGAAAGCCACAACCAAAUUUGGAAACUGUUGUUCACUCAAGGUCACCAGGAAGGCAUAAAUGUAGAGAGCACUCAUCCACUCAAGAACCCACAAAGCUGCGAAUAGGGCAGCUGUCAAGGAAUGUGACAAAGGAGCAUAUCUUUGAAAUAUUUACAGCAUUUGGAAAUGUGAAGAGAGUGGAAUUUCCAAUGGAUAAACUGCAUCCAGGCUGUGGUACGGGGUCUGCAUAUGUUGAAUAUGCAACGCCAGCUGAAGCUCAACGUGCAAUGAAGCAUAUGGUUGGUGGGCAGAUAGAUGGCCAGGAGAUAACAGCUGCUCUGGUGCUGAUGCCACCAAAACCAAGACCACCUCUACCUCGCCCCAGUCCUCCCCGCAGACCUGUGCAUUCAGACACUAAAAAAAAUGAAGAAGAAAUGUUGGAUAGUGAGAAAGAGAUCAAACAAGUUUUAUCAGUGAAAAGCACAUGGUAUGAAGAAGACUGGAAGUGGCCAUUCAAGCUGCAUUUUGGUGAAAUUAUUCAGAAGCCAUCCAUAAAAAUAUUGUUUUAG